CACGUUACUACAAAGUGCUUUGAUAACGGUGAGGUGAAAGUGAACCGCGACUAUAUCUGCUAGACGACGCGUUUCAUUGGACAACAGAAAGAGCAUAGGGCUGCUCGAAGUCGAGGUCACGACGCUUUCACCCCCGCUAGGCCUCUCUGCAACCUGGGCGCCGCCCUCCUUCCCUGUCGGCGUGACCAACCUGCAACGCGCCUUGGCGUGGUUGUGUAAUUGCACCCGGGACACUGCUCGUCCAUCCAAUUUUCUCUCCACGCCGCUACCACGCUCGUGCGCUGCUCUCCGCUACCGUUUCAACUUUGGUUGCUACAGACUUCGUUCAUAAUCAGUCCCAUCGCUGCCACCUCAAGCUCUAUCACAGCAAGUUCACCAUGUCCGACGACGACGAGAAGGUGACGAUUCCGCCGCGUUGCAGCGACGAAGAGCGGGACGGUAGUUCGCCAAUUGGCUUCAAGUCUUCUGGUGUCGCUCGGGUGGAAGCGAUUGCCUCACAUGUCACGUUCGCCAAUCGUGUCUGCAUCUUCCUCAGCAUCUUCUUGGUUGCCUUUGCGUACAGCCUAGACUUCGUUCUACGACUCAGCUACUCGACCACAGCUACGUCCAAGCUCAAAGGACACGCGUUGCUGAGUAUGGUCAACGUGGUGAAAGGUGUCAUUUCCGUUGCCGCUCAGCCCGGCGCAGCUAAGGUUGCGGAUAUCUUCGGUCGCAAGGAGUUGUUCAUCAUCUCCGUCUUGUUUUACAUCACUGGUACCAUCAUCCAAGCGACUUGCGACAGCAUCCCAAUGUUCGCCUUUGGCGGUUUAAUAUGGCAGGUCGGAUACAGUCUCGUUGUUCUGCUCCUGGAGAUUAUCGUCGCAGAUACAACCUCCUUGCGUUCGCGAGUAUUCUUCUCAUACAUCCCUCCCUGUUGCUUCCUUAUUAUCCCCUGGUUUGCGCCCGAAAUGUCGACAAAGGUCCUUGCCACCUCGAAUUGGCGCUGGGCUAUCGGCAUGUGGGCAGCCAUAUAUGCCGUCUGCGCCUUGCCUCUUAUCCUAGCUUUUUCAUGGGUCGAGCGCAAAGCGAAAAAAGCAGGCAGCCUGAAGAAUAUCAAGACUCCAUAUCAACAGUAUGGCGGUUGGGCGCUGAUGAAGGUCUUGUUCUGGCAGCUGGAUGUUAUCGGCAUCUUUCUCGUGACUAGUAUCCUAGGGCAUACACUUACACCGCUCACCCUAGCUGGCGGCAGGCAGGCCCACUGGGGUGAGGCGAAGAUCAUCGUGCCAAUCGCCCUUGGAGUAGCUUCAAUCCCCAUCUUCAUUUGGUGGGAGACUAAGGCUCCUUACCCCAUGGUCCCCUUUCACCUCCUUAAGGACCGCGCCGUCUGGGGAGCAUUGGGCAUCGCUCUGCAUCUGAACUUUGCAUGGGCUUGUCAAGCAGACUAUCUCUAUACUGUACUCCUAGUCGCCUUCAACGAGAGCGUCGAAUCUGCCGCUCGAAUCGUAGCACUAUACAACUUCGUCUCGGUGGCAACCGGUAUCCUGGCUGGCCUGCUUAUCUACAAGGUUCGCCGACUCAAACCGAUUGUUAUGCUCGGCACCUUCCUCUUUCUCGUGGCUUUUGGACUCAUGAUCCGCUACAGGGGUAGCACAACCGACUCGUCCCACCACACUGGUAUCAUCGCUGCUCAAGUGAUUCUUGGUGUUGGAGGUGGUUUGUUUCCCUAUCCAACACUGGUCAGCAUUCAGGCCGCAACAAGGCACGAACACGUUGCAGUCGUAAUAGGACUUUACUUUGCAAUUUAUAGCGUGGGUGCUGCACUUGGCAAUGCAGUCUCUGGGGCUAUCUGGACACAGAUUCUUCCUCGAAAACUCGAGCAACUUCUCGGCGGCAAUCAGACGCUAGCAUUACAGUGGUACACUGCUCCACUUGAAAUGAUUGCGCACUUUCACACAGGCACGCCAGAGCGUGACGCCGUCGACGAUGCAUUCAAGCACGUUCAGCGUCUACUCUGCAUCGUGGGUGCUUUCCUCUGCGUGGCACUCAUUUUAUUGUCCUGCGUCAUCCGAGACCCUAGGCUUCCUGACACACAGUCGAGGGAGGAUGCGGAAGCCGAGCCUAUCGAAAUGAAAGGGAAGAGGCGGUCGGGGUGCACUUCGCGUACUUUGGAGUGA